AUGACAGCAACAUUUGCAAUCUAUACCACCCUCCUGGUCUUGAUUCAAAUUUCAGCGCGUUAUGCAACAAACCUGAUGGACCCCAAAGACUACGAUCAGGUGCUGUCAGAUCCCAAACAAGUCAGCGAUCGGAUCUAUGGAAGCAAGAUUGUUAUCGGGUUGGAGCAAUGCAUGUUGAUCUCAACAUGGGGGGUCAAGACAUGCAUGCUGAUGCUGUAUUGGCGAAUUACACAAAACCUCAAAUCCAACCUAUACAUCAAGAUUCUUUCUAUAUACGUUGCAGUUGGCUUUGUCGUCAUCAUGGUCACAUACUAUGCGGCAUACUGCCGACCAUUUUCGCAAUACUGGGCCAUGCCGGUGGACAAUAUGCAAUGCGCGACAUACCAGCACUACUCUAUAACGCAAGCCGUCUUCAACAUCUCCUCCGACGCUGUGAUGUUCGCGAUCCCAAUUCCCCUCCUUAUCAAGGCCCAGCUUAAACGCCGCAGGAAAGUGGUCCUCAUUGGCGUCAUGAGCUUGGGCCUGUUCACGAUCAUCGCUGCUAUCUUGAACAAGUACUUCAAUUUUGCCUCCCCGCUUACGACACAGUACCAAAUUUGGUACAUUCGCGAAGCCAGCACCGCCAUAUAUGUCGCCAAUCUCAUGUGCUGGUGGCCACUCCUCCGCAAGCUCUUCGGCCUCAAGGCUUUCCAGUACAACAGCAACCGGGGUCAACGGGCUGGGAAUCAAAACAACCAAAACAAAAACAUCAGCGAAGACAACUCCAACAAUUCGCAGUCCCGGCCCUCUUUUGCCUUCCCUAGCUCUUGGAGACCCCCUUACCGUCGAGGCUUCAAAGGUGCAUGGGUUGGGCGGCAUCGGGCGCGGCGCUCCAGCACUGAAGCUAUCAAUCGAUCCGACAAUGAUUUUGUCGGCGAUGUGCAUCGGAUCGAAGCUGUCCCGCUAGACAAUUGGGAUAAAACACAAGAUUCUGUGCACCGCUCUAUGGCACAAGAGCCUCUUGGCUCUCAUACGGAACCGGAUGCACAGGCGCUCCGACAGGAUAUGAUAUACUCCGAGGAUGAAUUUGAUUCCCGGCCGAACCGUAGGUAUCAGACGCAUUCACCCUGUUGA